AUGCCGCUCGUGUCGUGGUUUGUGCAUCAAAAAGACAUGCGACGCCUCAUUCCUCGGUCUGUCACCGCUGAGCGCUUUGGGUAUAGUGCUCCACCAGCUCUUUGGCACAAGGGAGGAGAAAAAUCAGCAGAAGAGGAUAUCAAUCGGAACCAGUGCUUCACGCUGUGGAUUCAUGGAGCAUCCGUGGGAGAGUCCCUAUCGGCUUUACCACUUGUUGAGCUGGCACUAAGCACGAAAGUUUCGAGCCAUGUCCUGGCUUCACCAGCUUAUCAAGAGAAGAAACAAGUGCGGGUGUUGCUGUCGACGUCCACAAUUGCAGCUCGACAAGUAGUCACGGACCGGAUAAAAGAGAAUCCAAACGUCACGUGCGUCUUAGCUCCUCUUGACCACUUGUCAUGUGUCCAGCGAUUCUACGAUGUCUGGCAACCCGAUGUAGGUAUUUGGAUCGAGUCGGAGAUUUGGCCAACGCUGAUCAGUGAAGCUGCCCGACGAGGUGUCCGCACUGGUCUUCUAAAUGGACGAAUGUCUGCUCGGUCAUUUCGUAUGUGGCAACUGCCGGGGCUGCGUGAGCUUGCAAAAAGCGUUGUCAACAAAUUCUCGUUGGUGCUUUGCCAAGACGAGCAGAAUCGAAAACGCUUCGAGCAUCUAGGAGGAAGAGGUGCCAACGCCAUGGUAAACCUCAAGUUUGCAUCUCCACAUCUCCCGGGCAAUCCAAAUGCGAAGGCUGCGUUGAAGCGUGCGAUUGGGUUGCGACCAACAUGGGUUGCUGUUAGCACUCACGGAAACGAGGAGGUAAUGAUGGCAAAUGUCCACGCAAAACUGUCGAGGCGAUUCCGCACCGAUCAACAACCCUUGACGGUGAUCAUCCCACGCCACCCAACCAGGACAUCUACGAUCGUGGACCAACUUCGUCACAGGUUUCCCGAACUCACUGUUGCUCUGCACUCCCGUGAUAACUCACCACCAUCUGCGGUGGAUAUUUUCAUCGUUGACACGAUGGGGGAAUCCAACAUGUUUUUCGAUGUCGUUUCGACUGCAGUGAUGGGAGGUACCUUUGUAAAGCGCGGUGGUCACAACCCAAUUGAGCCGCUUCGAGCAGGUUGCCAUGUGAUAAUGGGCCCCCACAUGGAAAACUUUGCCGACAUGUUUCAAGUCCUGCAGUCAAGAGCAUCAGAUUCGCUUCAGUCGGUAAGCGGCGAACAAGAGCUCGUGACAGCCUUGGAAGCUCGCCUCAAUGCCGUUCAAGAGAGUGUCAAAGAUGACAGCAAUUCAUUGUGCUGUGAUCCUGAAUCCGUUUCGAGAACCAAGCUAUCGCGAGCAAUGGCAGACCUGGCAUCUUCAACACGUUCGCAAUACGAAGCACGGCUAAUUAGUUGGUUAGCACAGGGUGAAUGA